CUGGUCUUAACGUCACUUCUGGAGCGACGACUUUCUCCCCCAAGUCUCCUCAACCCAGGGACAUCGGCAAAGAUGGCGACCCUUAGCGGAAUUCGUGCGCUUAGCCGGGCGCUGGUGGUGCCCCCGAGCCUCGGGGCCUGGAGGGGCCUGAUCACCACGGCCGCGGCCCGAGCGACCCCGCGGAGCGCGGUGGAUGAUGUGAAGGUGGAGGGUGCAUUCCCCGUCACCAUGCUGCCUGGUGACGGUGUGGGGCCUGAGCUCAUGCAUGCUGUCAAAGAAGUCUUCAAGGCGGCCAAUGUCCCUGUGGAGUUUCAGGAGCAUCACCUGAGUGAGGUGCAGAACAUGGCCUCAGAAGAGAAAUUGGAGCAGGUGCUGAGCUCCAUGAAGGAAAACAAGGUUGCUAUCAUUGGAAAAAUUCACACCCCAAUGGACACAGAGUACAAGGGGGACUUGGCCUCUUAUGACAUGCGGCUCAGGCGUAAGCUGGACCUGUUUGCCAACGUUGUCCAUGUCAAGAGCCUCCCGGGGUACAAAACUCGACACAACAACCUGGACUUGGUGAUCAUCCGGGAGCAGACUGAGGGAGAAUACAGCUCCCUGGAGCACGAGAGUGCCAGGGGUGUGAUUGAAUGUUUGAAGAUUGUCACUCGUGCCAAGUCCCAGCGAAUCGCCAAGUUCGCUUUUGACUAUGCCACGAAGAAGGGUCGAGGGAAGGUCACGGCUGUGCACAAGGCCAACAUUAUGAAGCUGGGCGAUGGCCUCUUUCUGCAGUGCUGUGAGGAGGUGGCUGAGCUGUACCCCAAGAUCAAGUUUGAGACCAUGAUCAUAGACAACUGUUGUAUGCAGCUGGUGCAGAAUCCAUACCAAUUUGAUGUGCUUGUGAUGCCCAAUCUCUAUGGAAACAUCAUUGACAACCUGGCAGCAGGUCUGGUGGGAGGUGCAGGUGUGGUUCCUGGUGAGAGCUACAGUGCUGAAUAUGCCGUUUUUGAAACAGGCGCAAGGCACCCGUUUGCCCAGGCUGUAGGCAGGAACAUUGCCAACCCAACCGCCAUGCUGCUGUCUGCCAGCAAUAUGCUGAGGCACCUCAACUUGGAAUAUCACUCCAACAUGAUUGCUGAGGCUGUGAAGAAGGUGAUCAAAGUCGGCAAAGUUCGGACUCGGGACAUGGGCGGCUACAGCACCACAUCUGACUUCAUCAAGUCUGUCAUCAGCCACCUGCACCCCUCUCAUGGGGGCUAGAACCUUCCCAUUUCCGUAUCUUUUCUUUGAAUAGAGCCCCCCCACAACUCACCCUGAUCCCAUUUCCAUAAAAUGGACCACGUGGAGGAACCUGCCUCUGCCCCCAUUCCAUUCCGCUGGAGAUCUCUUUUAUCCGUAGCUGUUUGCUUUUGUCCCAAUAAAAACAUGGACCAGAGCUCCCCACAACUCCUCAACCCAAUCCUGCUUCCAUAAAAUCGACCACGUGGAGGAGCCUACCUGUGCCGCCCUUCCAUUCCAUGGGACAAGAUCUUAUCUACAGCUGUUUGUGCUUCUGUUUCAAUAAAAACAUGGACCAGUCAAGGAUCUUUGUGCUAA